GCGGCGUAGUCUGGGCUGCGCGCGCCUUAAAGUGGCGAGCCCUGGAACAGCCCCCCUCUAGGACCCAAAGGCUUUGCCGCCAAGUGAACUUGGGCUUCAAAAUCCGACUCGGUGAUCGUCCGACCUCUGGGCCCGAAUCGCCCCUGAACCGAGCGGCGAGCCUCGCUUCUUGGGCCGGAAUUCCCUGUAGGAGAGGACCUCAGCCCCCCACCCUUCCAUCACACGAACACCAACACUCCUCUUGAUGCACAGAACGAAUGAGAUGUCCAGGAGAAAGCCGAGGUGGAAAGGAUUUUGCAACCCCGGGACCACUCGGUUUCUAACCAGGCGUUUGAGUGCCUACUGCAUGCGAGGAGCCGGGAUGCGGGUGAACAGGACCCAAAGGUCCCUGCCUUCGUGCAGCUUAUGUGCCAGAGGUGAAGACCAAGAAAAACGGGCAAACGAGACGACUUUAGGCAUAGUGUUGUGAUCGAAUAAGAAAAGGGGCUUGGUGGACUGCAGGGAGACCUGAAGAAGUGCCAUUUUUGCUGAGACCGGUUGGUAAGAAGUGAACCAGGAAAGGAUCUGAAAGAAGGUCAUGGAAAGUAGAAGGAGUGGCCAGUGCAAAGGUGGGAAUGGCCGUGGUGGGAGAUAGAAACGUCAUUAUUGUGGCCGAGAGAAAGGGGAGAGUGGGGAGGGGAGGUCAGGAUGAAGGCAAAGCCUGGUCAUGUGCGGUGACUUCCUUGCUGUUUAAGCAGGCACACCUGUUGGUCUGGCCUGGACUCAGUUUACAACGUGAAAAGCAGAGAUGAUAAAAGUUCCCAUUUCAGUGGAUUGUCAGGCAGACUAAAUGACACACAGCAAGUGCUCCAUUACGUUGGGUGGUAACUUAUAGUCCAUCCACUGGGCAAGAAGGCUUUGUUGAGUAUCUACUUUGUGUCAGGCCCCUUGUCAGUGCCCAGGUGCAAAGUCAAGAAGCACUGGCUCCUACCGUCCCCACUCCCCUUACGCUCCCACUCCUCUUCCUGGUUUCUUGUUUUCUUCGGAGUGCUUCACCCCUGCGACUUCUGCACUGCUCGCUGGUUCCAGGCACUUUCUAGGCACUGAUCUCCACUUUGUUCCGUCGGCAGUAACUGGAGCCGGCCUUCGCACCGAGUCCGCUUCUUAGCCGCACCGCAGCCGGGCGGGCCGGGUCGGGCCUCAGGACCCGGGCGGGGUCGCGGCGAGGAGCCUCUCUCGCCUGGGAAAGGGCCCGUGAGCUCUUCACAGUUAGGACCUGAAGCCGCCUUAGGCGGGAAUGGUUGCGGGAGUGUUUGUCGGCACCCUAAUUGACACUAAAGACACUAACCACCCAGGGGUCCCAAAAGCAAAGGGCUCGCCCCAUCCCCAAGCCAAGCUGUGGAAGAAACGUCAGAUCCUUCCUUGCCCACUGCCGCACCCCCGCGGCCUGGACCUCGGCCGGAAGUCGGACGGCCUGAGGCGGAAGGGGCGGGACCGGAAGCCACUUCCCGCGAGUGUGCCACGUCAGAGGAGGUUGUGGCCGAGCCGAGCCGGAGACGGAUCCCCGGGUCGGAGCUGUACGGGAUGGCGGACUGGGCUCGGGCUCAGAGCCCCGGCGCUGUGGAGGAGAUUCUAGACCGGGAGAACAAGCGGAUGGCUGACAGCCUGGCCUCCAAGGUCACCAGGCUCAAAUCGCUGGCCUUGGACAUUGAUAGGGACGUGGAAGACCAGAACCAGAGCCUGGGCGGCAUGGACACAGAUUUCACGAGUGUGACGGGCCUCCUCACGGGGAGCGUGAAGCGCUUUUCCACAAUGGCACGGUCUGGGCGAGACAACCGGAAGCUUCUGUGUGGUAUGGCCGUGGGCCUGAUCGUGGUCUUCUUCAUCCUCUCCUACUUCCUGUCGAGGCCAAGGACGUGAGCCAGUGGGAGCUGGCUUCUGCGGGUGCCUCGGGCAAGCAUGGUCCGCCUCUGCCUGGCGUCCUGGGCCAGAGAACUUAACGACAAAAUACUCCUUUGAAACGACGAUUGUGGCUUAGGAGUCUUGUUCCUGUGUGGCUGGGAGCCUCUGACCCAGUGAGCUUGUGUUAGCUGGUCCCAUGUGUGCAAGGGGCCCAUCUUCAUGGGGUAGCCAAGGCCCACUUCCUCUGCCACCUUGGGUGCUAGAAGCCCCAGCAGAGUCAGGUCCAAGCAGAGCAGCUGGGAAUCCUGGACACGGUCACCUGUGAACAGCAGCUCUUCCCCUGGCCCUCGAGUUUCUGAACAUCUCAAGGCUCUUCUACGCUGUUCUUGUCUGGAUAAGGCCACGUCUGGUAUUUGAGAUGCUUGGAGCUGACGUGGGAAGGGGGUGUGGCGGUGAACCUCAGAUCAUCGCUGUCACCUUCAGCCGAGUGUUCUCAACCCAGAGAUGGCAGUUGCUCCUGCCCAGAGCCGCUCGGCAUCCGUGGACCAGUGGAAGUCAGGGGUCCUGCCGAGAGGCCUCUUCCUGCCUUCCAGUCCCACAGCUGAAGCCCGACCCUCAGGGAAGGGCAGGGGUUGUGGAUGGAGUUGGGAACUGCAGCCUUCGCUGAAAGCAUGGGGCUCACAUUCUGGUGAUCUCCUGGCCAUGUAUCCAGGUGCAGAAAGUGAUACUUUCUCACGAUUCAAGAUCUACCCAGAGCACCAGGGAUCUACUUCCAGGAGACCAGAUCUCUGGAAACAAGUCCAUCUGGCAUUUCAGAGUCAGGCAGGGUGUGAGGAGGGACUUUCGUGGGUAUAGAUGGAGGCUUCCAAGUAAGGGCUCUUCAUAGGACCUAUAGGUCAGUUUCUGAGGGUCAGCGAGCAGUUCCCACCAAGCCUGGCCCUUCCACUGCGGUGUUUGCCCACCUCUCCCUGGGCCCUCAGCGCCCACUCGGUCAGUCCCCUGCUCACUCGAACCUCGAACUGAACCACAGGCCGAGCCAGACCAGUGGCUUCUUACCCCACUGAGACCUCAGUAUCCUUGUCUUCACAAAAAACACUUGUAAGAAACGAGUCACCGGCUUGUGUCCUUCCCUGCCCUUGUUCGACCUUCUGGUUUCCUAGUCAGCCCCCCUUACUCCCUGAGGGCUACUGGCUCACCGUCCGCCUCCCCGCACGCUCGUGCCACGCGCGGUCACGCGCGCCAGCCGCACCUGCUGCCCCACGUUGCUGGUCUCUGGCCCCGGGCACCGCGCCUCUGGUGCCGCUGCUGCGCCUACCCUCGUCCUCCGCCUGGCAGGCUGGCUUCACCUCGCACGCUUGCCUUGGUGCCCUCCCUUCCACUGUACCUGCGACUUGAGUGCGCCGUCUCGUCCAGCGUGUGCUUGUGUCUCCCCCGGUGAGACUGCCUUGCUUGUCUCCGUGUCUCUGGGGCUUGGCUGUUUCCCUGUCCUCCUGGACGUUCCUUCGCAGGUCUCUGGUCCUGCCUUGACCCCCAGCGCCCUGUGCGCUGCGGCUUUGGCUUCGCCUGCUUCUCAUCUCACACUGAACCUUGUCGCGGGGCUUUGUCCUCCGGUCACCAAGCUCAACAGCUGCUGCCUGUGCAGUGUCUCCAUCUGGUUGCCGCAGGCCCUGCAGAUACACCCAGACCUGAGCUCCGCGGCCCCCACCUUGUCUGGGUCUGCUAACCUUGCUUCCUGAGAACGUGGCUCAGCCAUGGCAGCCUUCCCCCCGCAGAUGCUUUUAUGUGGUGUUCCCCCUUGUCUUGCCAAGGCAGACCAGGAAUUUAGAGUUUGCCUUCAGGGUGGCACACCGGCUGCUGUGUUCUCUCCUCAGGUCUCCGUCUGUGCCUCCCCACUUCUCCACCUCCACGGCUCUUUGCAGCCCUUCCAGCUAUUUGGGGGUCUGGGUUCUAGUUUCUUUCUGGUUUACUUUCUUGCUUCCUACUCUCAUUGUGUUAGGUGAAUUCCUGAAGGGAGCAUGGCACCCCUGCUGCCGCUGUGUCGGCAGGGUUUCCUGUGGUGCCUUCCCUGCUCAGCCCUGUACACUGAGCACCUAAUCCUGUGGGUAAGUGGGGUUUGCCGAGGUUGAUCCCGGAGACCAUAAAACAGAAGGACUUGGAGCCUCCCUCUGUGCCAGGUGAGGAUGAACUGCCAGGUUCUAUCCCAUGAUUCAUGGACAACACAUUUAGCAAUAAAAAUUUGGAAUAAAGAGCUUCGUGAUGAAGUAAA